GAAGGGUACAAUGAAUUAGUUUCAACACUCAAUAGUCAACUAAACAAAUUUGACUUUGUACAACCUGAUGAUGUCUUCAAGACUCUUAAAGAGAUACAGCAAGAAAUACUUGAGCAGUUAGCUAAUGAAGAAGUCAGUGAUUAUGAGGCUUAUAUUCAGGAUGAAAUGGACGCCAUUGUGGAAAAUUUGAUUACUUGCAGAGUGUGUGGGCUAUACAGUGAAAGGGAUAUUUGUGAAGCAUGCAGUACUAAACACUUUGCUGAUUAGAUAUAAACUUAUAGAUAUUAAUAUUUAAAAUUAAAUUAAUGGGGUUUAAAUUGUUGUAUAUUUAUUUGAUUGUAGGUGGUUAGACAUCAGUAUUAAAUAUUACACAUUAAUCCAUCUCUUCAUGUGGGACCUCCGGUAGUUCAAUUCCAAUCUUCCUUUUUUUCUUGCGACUCACCAGCAAAAUGUGGUGGGGGUAAGAAAGAGAAUCUCCAAAACAUUUCAAAUCAAACUGUUAUUCUCGUCUGAAUUCGGUACAGUUCGUGCUCCUGCAAAAGCUUCCUGCUGCGCUUGUUCGCGCAGGCGACCUGUCAAUGUCAAUGUCAUCGCAGCACAUUUAUUUUGGGCGCUUUCUUUGGGCUUUCACCCACCGUCACACUUUACCGUCACUCCACCGUCAACCCCCGAGUUAGUUUAUCAUUUUGGAACCGUUGUCUACGUUCAGACUUAACAACCCUGCUGGCCCUGCAAAACUAACCCAACCGCAAUCGCUAUCUAACUCAAAUAACACACAAAUAAAUAAAAACAACUAAAUCAAAUCCUGCUGUGUGCGGUUUUUGUGCGUCGCAUCCCUGCAACUGCAACAAUGAGCGUGUCUUAAACUCUUCAACUAACCAACUCCCUUGACGUUGCUCCAACGACUAACAGACUAACAAACAUGUAAAGUUUCUCGCAGGAGACACCGACGAGAAACAAAGCGCGUUUAUCUGUGAUAAAAAGCGGGUCAGAUUCGCAUAUAUCACGGUCAACUCUCACCGUGUCGAUAUGGCUGAAGUACACAAAGUGCUGUCGUCGGCGGCGAUUGGCGUCAAGUCUGAGUCGAAAAUACCCGCAACUGCAACUCCAGCAGCAACAAAAGACAAUUCUACGAAGAAAACCCCCACAACUGUUGUGAAUCCUGUAAAGGAAAGUAAAACCACUGCUGUGACAACUUCUACAACACUUACAACAUCAACGGUGAAGAAACCCACUGAACGAAAACCAUCUAUUUCACCCAUUCCUCCAUUUCCGGUUAAAUCAUCCAAAACAACAGAUAAACUUAAAGAUAAAGAUUCAUCGACGGAAACUACAAAUACUAAGGUUGUGACUAGUACUCCUGCAACUCAAAAGACAACCCUAGCUCCUCUUAUAACCACCCAGAGUUUAACCAUCAGUAAAAACUCUAGCGCUUGUUCCUCUCUCGCGACAACACCCACAACUCCUGGAAAAACACUGCAUUCAAACAGAAACAGCGCUAGUAAUCUCACAGCGUUGAAAAGCACUGGUGUUUCUACAGCGACGAUUGCUAAGUCAACCGCGUCGAGCUCUAGUUCCACUUCUAGCGUUCACAAGUUGUACAACAACACCAUGCCUACCACGCCAACCAUGCUCAACAACGUGGAGCCUGACAUGGAUAACGAUGAUGAUGAUUACGACGAUUUUCAGGAUGCAAUUGAAAUGCCUGCCGAUAUGACUCUGGAAAAGGCCGUGGAGGAAGCCCAACAUGCGAUUAAUCUCUUCUUUAAUAAUAAAAUUGAUGAUGCCAAGGAUUUAAUGACUCCUUGGGCAAAUGUGAGUAUGUAUCACGCAUUGGGUAACGCUGUGUUUACUUUCUUGGAAGCUAUGCUUACCUUCGAGCAUCGGCAGUUGGUAAACGCCGGAAACGCUUUGAAGCAUUCAAUUGCUGUUUGUAACCGUUACCGCAGAAAGAACACAAUUGGUGAGUCUCUGGGUAAAAUGGUGAAGAAUCCGAAUUUUGAAAAGUACACCGAAAUGGAGGCGCAUGCUGAAUUGUGUCAUGCUGAAUGUUUGCUUCUGAAAGCAAUGCUCACGUUUUUGGAGGAUGAGACGCUUAGCAGUUUUAUCAAAGCUGGCAUCAAGAUUCGAUCCUGUUAUAAUUCAUACAAGGAUUGUCAACAAAUCCUGAAGAAACAGAAGUGGGGUAACUCUCCAACCGUCGGCCAUUUUGAAAGUGGUGUAAAAAUGGGCAUCGGCACUUUCAACCUGAUGAUAUCAAUGCUCCCAAGUCGUGUUAUCAAACUUUUGGAGUUCAUUGGGUUCUCAGGCAACAAGAAUGUGGGUAUGAAUGAUCUUCUAAGUGGAUACAGUAUGGAUGGCCUACGUCAAAUUCUCUGCUGUAUGACCCUUUUGGGUUACCACCUCAUCGUGCUUUACGUUUUGAGUCAUCAAGAAGGUGAUCUCAAGCUGGCUGAAGAGAUUCUAGCAGUCCAGCUGAAAAAAUACCCCAAAGGAGCGUGGUUCUUGUUUUUCAAGGCACGUCUCGAGUUUAUGAAAGGUAAUUUGAAUGUCAGCCAAGAAUGGUAUGUGAAGUCGUGGAAAAGUCAGGAUAUCUGGCCACAAUUCCAUCACUUUUGCUUCUGGGAACUGUUGUGGGUAAACAGUGUGAAAACAGACUGGAAAGAGGCACUGGUUUACUCUAAUUACCUUCUGGAAGGUAGCAGAUGGUCAAGGACAAUGUACUCUUAUCAGAAAGCAGCUCUCAUGAUCAUGCAGGACGAGGAAUUGAGCAAUACGGAUCGAGUUGUUGUUCAUAAUCUCAUGAAAGAUGUGCCGAAGUAUAAACAACGCAUUGCUGGAAAAUCACUCCCAAUGGAAAAGUUUGCGAUUCGUAAAGCUGAACGCUUCUUCAAUCAAAGCGAAACUUUGAUUCUGCCUGUAAUUGAAUUGAUGUUCCUUUGGAACCUAUUCAAGCUCUUGCGUAAAAGCUUCAAUAUGGCCGAAAAAGUGCUCAAGUUAAUCGAGAAGGCACUGCGUAACUUAACCUAUUCUGUGCCGUUGAAUAAAUACGACAAUGACAACCGCGCUAUGCUGCUCCUGUUGAAAGGAGCUUGUCUCCGACAGAUGGCGAGUCCAUUGCAAGCUCUUGAAUGUCUAGAAACAGCUAUCUCUCUACAAAAAGAAAUCAUUGAGGACAACUAUAUCGUACCGUACGCUAUUGUUGAGCUAGCGUUGUUAGAAUGGGACGCUGGUAACAGAGAAAAAGCGAUAUUAUCUCUAGAAGACGCUAAGAGGAAUUACUCUGGUUAUUCCUUGGAGUCACGCCUGCAUUUUAGAAUACACACGGCGCUGACAGAGUUCAAACGCGAGCAGAAGCAAUAAACAAUUUUCUUCUUGCUCUUGUUCAUUGGUGGUUGUGCAUUUACGUUUUGUUUUUUAAUUUUUUAAUUUGAACUAACUUUGUUUUGUUUCUUCCGCUGUUGUGUUGUUGUUGUUGUUGUUGUGUUUGCACUGAUAAUUUAAAGAUAAAACACCACGUGGCGAGCGGUAGCCAUGUUGCGUGACUAGAUAUAUAUCUAAUAUAUAUAUUAGACGAUUAUUCUGCCGUGAUAUAUCGUUCAUUUGUAUAUGACGUACACUUUGAUGUUACAUAUUUGGAUAUAGGCUGUGUACUGUACCUACUUGUUGUAUUAUUUCUAUAUAUGGUUAAAUUAUAUGAACAUUUACCAAAA